AUGGUGCGGGUGAAGUCAAGGUAUUUGCUGUGUGAGAUAAAUGUGUCUGACAGGAGGGAUCUGCUGAAGCUGGAUGACCGAGCUGUUGCGGGGGCGGUGCGGGCAGCAGUGGCCAGAAUUCACGGGGACUAUGGGACCGCUAUUUGCAGCACCAGGUUCUGGGGUGAGAUCUAUUGUACCAUGUCAGGAACCAUCAGAACAUGUCAGAAGUUUCUGAUCCGGUACAACACCCAGCAGCUCCACCGGAUGCUCCCUAAAUGUAAAAAUGAAGAAGAAAAGCGACAGAUUGAAGAAUCGAUUCUAAGCUGCUCUCUAGUGGACAGAGACGACGACGGAUUUAAAGAUGAGCUGGAGAGCGAAGAAGAUGAGGUGUAAAAACCAGCCGGGCGCUCAGAGCCGGUUCUAUCCUAGAAAAGGCUGAUUGAAGUAGUUCAGUUCAGCAGCUCUGAUUGGUUGAGCUUCGUUUAGCAGCAUUAGAAAGCCUGCUGGGUCCACUGUUACCAAACCCAUCAGCGAACUGGUUAUAGAUGCAUAUAUACCUGCAGAACUGUUUUCUUUUUUUUGCCUUUGUUUAUUAACUUGGUCAUUUAUGCUGCUGAAACCAAAGGAGCUCAUUAGUGUAAUUUAUAGGGCUGUUCAGUGGUAAUAAAAACAUCAGUAUUAGUUAACUGAGGCAUCAGUUUAUCUAAGUCUGAUGUUCAGAAAUGAUCACGUUUCUUUAGGAAAGAAGGUGUUAUUUCUGAUUUUUAUAAAAAAAAAUAUU